GUGUCGACUGAGGGGCCAAAAGGCAAAACACAGCCAGCGUCUCCUUCGGUCGAUUCACGCCAAACUUUGAUCGAAGGACACCUCUCUCCCUCUUCCUCUCCCUCUCCCUCUCCCUCUCCACCGCGCUCGUCGAAUCUCCGGCGGUCGAGCAAGAUGCAUUCCAAUCACCUGCUUCUCGAAGAGCCUAUUCGGAUGGCGUCCAUCCUCGAGCCAUCCAAGGCCAGCUUUUUUCCUGCCAUGACGAAGAUCGUGGGGACUCUUGGUCCCAAGUCCCGAUCGGUUGAGGUCCUCUCCGGUUGUCUCAAGGCUGGAAUGUCCGUGGCUCGAUUGGACUUCUCUUGGGGGAAUCCCGAGUACCACCAGGAGACUUUGGAGAAUUUGAAGGCCGCCAUCAAGAGUACCAAGAAGCUUUGCGCUGUUAUGCUGGAUACAGUCGGACCUGAGUUGCAGGUGGUUAACAAAAGUGAAAAGUCCAUCUCACUGCAGGCCGAUGCUGUUGUUGUUUUGACACCUGACCAAGGAAAUGAGGCCUCUUCAGAGCUAUUGCCUAUUAAUUUUGAUGGAUUGUCAAAGGCAGUGAAGAAGGGAGACACCAUUUUCAUUGGUCAGUACUUGUUCACUGGAAGUGAAACCACUUCUGUAUGGUUGGAGGUGUCCGAAGUAAAAGGAGAUGAUGUGGUUUGUGUGAUAAAGAACUCCGCUACACUAGCUGGAUCACUAUUUACCUUGCAUGGUUCUCAAAUUCGUAUAGAGCUGCCUACACUUUCUGAUACGGACAAGGAGGUUAUAAGCACAUGGGGAGUACAAAAUAAAAUUGACUUCCUCUCACUGUCGUACACCAGGCAUGCUGAAGACGUCCGCCAUGCACGUGAAUUUCUUUCCAAAUCGGGUGAUCUCAGUCAGACUCAGAUUUUUGCAAAGAUAGAGAAUGUAGAAGGUUUGAAUCAUUUCGAUGAAAUCCUGCAAGAAGCUGAUGGCAUCAUUCUUUCUCGUGGAAAUUUGGGUAUUGAUCUUCCACCUGAGAAGGUGUUUUUAUUUCAAAAAGCUGCUGUUUACAAAUGCAACAUGGCUGGGAAGCCUGCAGUAGUUACUCGUGUUGUGGACAGUAUGACAGAUAACCUGAGGCCUACUCGUGCUGAAGCGACUGAUGUUGCUAAUGCUGUAUUGGAUGGGACUGAUGCAAUUCUUCUUGGUGCUGAAACCUUGCGUGGAUUAUAUCCUGUAGAGACUAUAUCAACUGUUGGUAGAAUUUGUUCUGAGGCUGAGAAGGUGUUCAAUCAAGAUCUCUAUUUCAAGAGGACUGUCAAGUAUGUUGGAGAACCAAUGACCCAUCUGGAAUCUAUUGCUUCAUCUGCGGUACGAGCAGCAAUCAAGGUGAAGGCAUCUAUUAUUAUAUGUUUUACUUCUUCUGGAAGGGCUGCAAGGCUGAUAGCUAAGUACAGGCCGACAAUGCCCGUAUUAUCAGUUGUCAUACCUCGUCUGAAGACAAACCAAUUGAAGUGGAGCUUCACUGGUGCAUUUGAGUACAAUUUGCAGGCAAGGCAAUCACUCAUAGUGAGAGGUCUCUUCCCCAUGCUUGCUGAUCCUCGGCACCCUGCGGAAUCCACAAGCGCGACAAAUGAAUCCGUUCUGAAGGUUGCUCUCGAUCAUGGAAAGGCAUCCGGGGUUAUAAAGUCACACGAUCGCGUCGUGGUUUGCCAGAAAGUUGGAGAUGCUUCCGUGGUUAAGAUUAUCGAGCUCGAAGAUUAAUGCAUCACACUAUCAACCUCUUCAGUGAAAGGGGGGGAGAAGAAAGGAGAAUCUUUGUCCCGAAACUUAGGGAAUGUGGAUGGUCUUUUGCUCUGUGUUACCUCCGAGAUACGAUGACUUGGAUGGGGUUUUGGAGGUUAGAUUAUGGUCUGACCUGUGUUGAGGAAUUACUUGAUAUUUUUUUGGUUUCCCAUAAUGAAGUAAGGUAGGGAGGUGACUUACUCCCAUAUGUUGUUCGAAGUGUCGGAAUGUUAUCCCUACAUGGAAUCUUAACGAAUUGAAUCUUUCAAGGAAACUUUCAUGGGAUUAAAUAUACUUCGCACGUUUCUGUUGCUAUUUCUUG